AUGUCUUGUGGCAAUCCAAGGGCGAUAGAUGACUUUGAAAGGGUCUCAUUCUCUCAAUUAUCAACCAAUAUUAUUAUUUUAUCAAUCAUUACGAUUGUUUUAUCAUUGAUCAAUGUAACAACAUCAGCCUUACAAGGAGCAGAGUUGUACAGUGCAAUAUGGUUAAUUCAACAAUUAGGUUUACCAACUAUUCCAUUGGAUGCUAAUAGAGGGUCUCCAUCAACUAGUUUGGCACAGUUUACGUUUCCAGAGGUGACUGAUAUAGUCAUCUCUAGUCAGGUCCAAGUAAAGGACUCUUCAAUGGCUAUUCUUGAUAGAAUCAAAAGUCUCCCAAAGCUAACCCUCCUCAGUGUUCAAGGUGACCAUGGUCUAAUUAAUGUUCAAUCUGAUUUUCCAUUUGAAAUGCCAUUACUCAAACAAGUAACACUGGCCCAUUUAGCAAAUUGUUUAUCUAUUCCUACUUUAAUGUCAGACGGAACAGCUAUUGAGGGAUUGGUACUAUCUGGAGCCAAACUAGCCAGUGUCAAUGUUUUCGGUCAAAGUUCAUUAUUGCCCAAUCUACUGUCUAUCAAUUUAGAAUUGACACCAGUUUCAGUAAACCUUUUAUCCUUUUACAAAACUUCAUUUCCUAAAUUAAAUUCGGUGAUCAUUACACUAUUAUCAGCAGUUAAAACAAACAUUCAAAUUAGAUCAACUACUAUAACCGAUAUUUCAUUUACGACAAGAAAUAUUUUGCCAUCUCAAGGAGGUUUCGAUAUAGAUAUAGAGGAUCCCAUCAAUGUUGCCUCUCUCUAUGUAAUGGGUGGAAGUACUUCAACUUUGACUCCCAGCUCACUUGAUUCAUACCCAAAUAUUGGAACUGCUAUACUCGCAAUCCCCUUAUCCUCCUUUCCAAUGACAAAUUAUCCUCCAAAAGCAACGAUAUUUACCCUAUCACAAAAUACUAUAAAUACUAUUCCAAAUAUUCCAAUUCCAUCUAUUAUGACUAAAUAUGGACUUACAUAUUCAACGAUAUCAGCACAAUUCCCUCAAACCAUUUUUGAUAACUUGCAAGGUGCAGAAAUUGAUUUUUCAAAUAAUCCAAAUUUAUCUGGUACCGUACCAGACUCUCUUUGUAAAAAUAGGUUAAUAUUAAUGAAUUCUCCAUCCAUCACUAAAAUUCCAGCCAUUACAAUUGAUAAUACUACGAUUAUUACUAUAUUUUCAAAAGGUAAUAUUACUGGAAAUAAUAUAGGUUUCGGUAAUUAUGGUUCAAAUUUGGCAGCAGUCAUUCCAAACAAACAAAUACUCUAUUCAUCACCAACAGUAAAUUAUUUGUUGACAACGGUUGAAUUAUCAUUGUCGGGUGUGUACGACUACAAAUACAACUUUUCAUUUUUGGAGGCUGGUAUUAAUAUCUGGCCAAGUACAGCAGUCCAAACAGCAAACAAUGUAGAGGUUUCAUUCCCCACCAUACUUACAUAUAAUCCAAAUCUUACGCACAAUAUUUCUCUAUCAAGUGUCAGUCCCUUUAACCCAACGCCAAUUAAAUGUUACACCACUAGUUCAAAUCCAACAGUUAAAUGUUCAACCAACCAAGGAAUCAAAAGUGACAAUUAUACAAUUACCAUCUACAAUCAAUAUUAUCAAACUACAUUAGCAACUAAAAUUAAUUUUAAACAAUCAUAUCCAAAAUUAUCAACAAUAGUUUCACCGGGAUCAGUUAAAAAUGGAUCACAAAUUACAAUCAAUGGAUCAUUUGGCAAUUCAGCCAAUCUAGGAACUGUAGUAUUUAAUAAUAUAACAACUUGUGCUGUUAUCAGUAAAUCCACUAAUCGAGUAAUUUGCAAUCUUACAUCGGUUCCAAGUUCAGGAUCUGCAUCUAUUCGAGUCACAGUUGAUGGAUUUGUCGUAGAUAAUGACAACUUUGUUUCUUUUACCUCUUUGAAAUCACAAUGUGAAUUAGUAACAAACUUUUGCUCGGGUAAUGGUGUAUGUAACGACGAUGGAAUUUGCAUAUGUCAAAGUCCUGCUUUCUAUAAUGAUUGUUCAAAACGUAAGACGACAUCAAAAUCUUAUCCACUUGUCACUGAUUAUAUUAUGGAUCAAAAAAAUAUAACUAUGCUUGGUGAUUAUGGUCCAUUUGGUCAAACCAGUCCAACUGUAACCAUUGCAGGACAGACUUGUGUUUUAACAUUUAUAAAUCAAACACAGAUCAAAUGUUACUUGGAUCCAAUCCCCAAUGCCAAUGGAUAUGUUACGUUGGUUGUAACUGUUGAUGGAGUUUCAUUCAUUUCAGAGGAUAUGGCAUUCAUUUUUGGUGGGUCAACAUCAUUCACAGCUCUUCCUAUUAGUACAUCCCCCUUAUCAACCACUUCUAUCAAUACUACUGCCAGUGCCACAUCAUCAUCGACUACUGGCUCUGCAACUGGUACAACUAGUACAGCUACCACCACCUCAUCUGAUAGUACAACUGGUAGUAGUGGUGACACUCCCCAAGUCAUAUGUCAACGUACUACAUACAAUUGUUUUGGACAUGGUCAAUGUAAUGUUCAAGGAAUUUGUCAAUGUAAUCAAGAUUUUAAUCCAGUUGAUAAUUGUAGAACUCAAUUUAUAAAUACAACUAUAACACCAAAUGAAACAAAUCCAACUGUAUCAUUUGAUAUUGAUGGAAUUGAUUUUAGUAUGGAAUUUUAUUCAAUUCAAGAAUUGGAUCAAGAUGAUAGGAUUAAAAAGGAAUUAUUUGUAAAUAUGAAUCAAUGGAUUGUCAAUAUGACAACUGAUAAUAUUACAACCACCGUAGACUAUAGUUUAAAUAUUACCAAUUAUAAUACAAGUGUUCCUGGGUAUAAUCCAUACAAGGGUGUUACCGUAUCAUCAACCAUAUCAUUUUCAAGUAUUGCAAGAGACAUUUCAUUUGCCAAUCAAGUACUUAAUAUUAGCCCCUACUCUAUCAAACAAUCUGUCAGUAUCAAUGGUUGGAUCUAUAGUUCGAAUGUUGCCACUCUUAGAGUUGUAUUUCUCUCUACCAUUACAAAUAAUCAAACUACAACAUUUGGAUGUGACCAAUUAAACGUUGAUUCAUUCCAAUACGACAAUUCAAUAGAUUCCAUUCAAUAUCUACGUGUUGUCAAAGACAACAUUCAAUUCAAUGGUCGGUUUAUUGAAUAUGCCGUGGCUGACAAUAGUUCGGUCAUUUCAAGAACAAAGUUAAUCUCUUUGACACCACUAAAUGAAACCAAUUUAGAAUCUAUUGCAAUGAUUGGAGUGAAUCUACCUCAAUGUCAAUCAUGUGUACUCGAUCCUGAUUUCUCACCAUUAUUGGUUGAUAAAGGAAGUCAAGACGAUUGUGACUCCAAAUCAAAUACAUGGAGAAUUAUCGUUGGUUGUGUUGUUGGUGGUUUUGCAGCUAUUGCCAUCACCGUCACAAGUACAUUACUUUAUAAAAAGAAAAAGAUCUUUAAAAGAAAUCAAAGAGAAAUGAAAAGGAAAUUAAAUAAUUUUUAA